CCACAAUCGCUAACUCGUGACUAUUGGACAAGGCUGGAUUCAAGCGGAAGACUCGCCAGGAAACGCCAGUCAGCCCCGUACGAGAGGAGAAGCAACCGCAGGCGAGGCCACACACCGCUACUAGCCCUGCUCUUGAGCCAGAUGCCCAUCAGUUCUUGAAGAGGCAAACAACGGCAACAACUACAAGCAGCUUUAUACCUGUAUCCGAGAGAAAUCGGAGGUUCACCAACGAGAGCCUGUCUUCAUUGGCAAAGGUUACGCGAGGCAAUACCAACGACAGCCUCUCAUCACAAUUUCCAUGUUUCCGCAGACAGAAUCCAAGAAAGCUUACUGGCAGUAGCGACGAGAUGUCCGGUACGGCUGAAAUGACUCGUGCGCAAGAGAAGAAAUCCCUUCGCAAUAAACUGAAAGCGGCAAUGGUUCCGAAGAACCAGUCGGACUUGCAAUUUAUCCCAAUGGGCGUUUUAGACAAGCUCCUUGACAGAGCAACGGUUGGAAGGGCAUUAGAGCAGUGCAAAGACAAACUCGACAUAGACAUAGCGUUGCUCGAAUCGUUCAUUUGCAACAAAGCCAGAAAGAUCUUCGCAAUACUCACGUGGGCGGAUUCACCACAAUAUAUCCAACAAUUUUUCCUCCACAACUUCGUGGACGAACAGUUGCCGGUCCGCGUCGAGUGUAAUGAUGAAGACCUCUAUGACGCGAUUUCAUUUCGACUGGGGAAAAUCGAGAUUGACCAGCAUCCAUUCAACUAUCAUCAGUGGACCACAAGGAACGUCGAUCUUUUCUGCGAUAACGAGCAAUGGCCAUUUCUUAGUCCUGUCUUGGAUGGAAGCCAGUUUCGUUACGACUUUCACGAACGAACUCGGAUGCCGUUCGUGGACGAGCGGCACAAAAGUUUGAAAGAAAGCUUCUUUAGCGUGGUUGAGCAAUGGCGCAUACAUCGGGAUCAUGUUCGCGCACCUAAGUUGGUUCGACUCCCGAAAGACCCAAACGAUCAUCCGACAGUCGCUGUGAAAAAGCUCAAACAGAUGACCUUAACGGAUGCAGAGGUCGAGAUAGUGGCCGGAACAGAAGUUCAGGCUCUUGAAACCAUGCGCAUCCUAAACCACAGGCAUCUAGUCAAAGCUAUUGCCUAUUACACCAGAGGUAAAAGUCACUGCAUUGUUUUCCCCUGGGCUCACUGGGGAAAUCUCCGCGAUAUAUGGAAUACAAACCCUCCUAAGUUAGACGAAAAUCUCUUGCGAUGGGUAUUUACCCAGCUUUGUGGUCUUGCAGACGCUAUAAAGACUCUGCAUAAUUCUCAGCAGGAUUCUCACGGAAGGGAGUCUUUACGUCAUGGCGACUUGAAACCAGAGAACAUCCUCUGCUUCGAGGAUUUGGAUAAGGAGCCAAGCGACGACAUUUCCUCUUCCAUACUUGUCAUUGCAGACGUAGGAUUGAGUCGAUCCCACGACCAACUGACCGAAGAUCGGAAGGGGGCGACCCGCACGAAGAGUGGAACGAUCAAGUACGAACCGCCCGAGACAGAGCUGCAACCCAAUGAACCAAGAUCGCGCCGAUACGAUGUGUGGUCGCUAGGCUGUAUCUAUCUGGAAUUCAUGAUAUGGCUACUGUAUGGUCGUGAAGAGCUCGAGCACUUUAGGAAUGACCUCAACACUUUGGGCGAGAAUACACGCUUUUAUAUCGUUGAGGAAGACACCUCCACUCGAAAUAGGGCUGCGCGUCUCAAUAGUGUCGUACAAAAGUGGGUCGAUUGGAUCAAGAAAGACAAAAGGUGCUCAGAGCGGACAGCUAUUCGACGCCUGUUGGACCUCAUAGUAGAAAGGCUGCUUGUCGCCGAUGUUGGUCCUGUUCUCUUACCCCGUCGCCCUACUACAUUCAUCGAGAAUGACGAGACACCAUCUACACCUUCCGUUAUCGUCAGACAAGCUACUUUCUAUCACAAUCCAUCCAACGAUUCAAGCGUACGGCCUCGUGCAACAGCAGAGGAGUUGGAGAAUGGAUUGAGAUCGAUUUUAGAAGAUGCAGAUUCGACAAUGGCAGACCGCAUAGAAUGGCUUGACUGGAGUGCCCGUGCACAGCCAGGACCACGACAAUACGGCGACCACCUAAAUGCUUCGGACAGUGUACGGGGUCUAGAGCCGCUGAACGAUGACUGGAAAUACGGCCCAGACACCGAAAUGGCAAACCAUGUUCUCUCGGAUUUCAAGACGGCAACUGCUACCGGAGACGAACCGGAAGUAUCAACAUUGUGUGAGCGCUGCAAUCAAUUACCAAUAUGGCUCCCGAGGCACACAUUUUCUGAUACUCUAGCCGACCUAAGAGCGAGGUCUCCUAGAUGUAACCUAUGCCGACUUCUUCAGAAACAUGUUCAAGGUCAUACUGAGGGAGAUCGUCAAGUUUUGCAGUUCUUCAGAGUGGGCUCUUCCCUGACUUUUCAUGAUCGGCAAAGCUCACCUAUCGUUUCUCUUUACACAUUUCCGGAAGGGACAACUUUAGGGGUUGAAGAGCCGUCGAACGAGCUUCAAUUCGGCAUCCCAAGGCUUCACGAACCCGGCACUUCUCGACAUUUGAAAGUGCUUUCUGGGUGGAUUGAAAGUUGCGACAAGGGUCAUCUCUGCGUUCCGAAGCACGAGAGUUUCCUGCCAACUCGAGUCCUUGAAAUUGGAAAUGAUUCCAAAACCGUCCGACUGUAUUGUGGCGCACGAGGCCAAACACGUCCGGGGAAGUACUUCGCACUUUCUCACCGAUGGGGACUCUCCCCCAAUCUCGAAGAGUAUUAUCGUACUUGCAGAAACAAUGUCGAUCAACAUCAACGAGGAAUGAAUGUCGCGGACUUCCCAAAAACGUUCCGAGAUGCCAUCGAGAUCACUCGCGCACUCGGUGUUCCGUAUCUGUGGAUCGAUUCGCUUUGUAUCAUACAAGACGAUCAAGAAGACUGGGAAACAGAAUCCAGACUCAUGGAGCAGGUAUACAGCAAUGCCUAUGCCACCAUCGCAGCCAGCUGUGCCACAGGCACAUAUGAUGGUUUUCUCAAGCCUAGGCCAUCUAGAGAUUGUUUAAAGAUCAAAAGAGGUAUCACCUCGGCGAUUUACGUCUGCGAUGCCAUCGAUGACUUCACUCGUGACGUUGAGAACGGACAAUUGAACAGAAGAGGAUGGGUGUUGCAAGAGCGAGCCCUGUCUCGGCGUACUAUUUAUUUCGCCGACAGGCAAACGUAUUGGGAAUGCAGCCAAGGUGUGCGUUGCGAGACUUUGACCAAGAUGAACAAUAAGAAAGCAUCCUUUCUGGGAGAUGCAAGCUUUCCAGACUCAUUCAAGUCCUAUGUCAAAGGUACCAAAAUCGAACUCUUCCAGAGUCUUUACGAAAAAUAUUCGACACUAGACCUAUCGUAUCCUGCGGAUAGGCCAGUCGCCAUCAAGAGCCUGGAGCGAAGGAUGAUACGUACUCUGAACACAGAAGGUGGGCAUGGGGUCUUCGACAUCUAUUUACACCGAUGUCUCCUCUGGCAACGUGCCGGGAGCUCGCUUCAUCGCAUUGAUGCUCUUCGCAAUGGGGAUACGCCUUCCUGGUCGUGGAUGGGAUAUGAAGGUAGCAUGCGAUAUAUGACUGUUCCGUUUGGAGAAGUUUUAUGGGCAGAGGAUAUCCAUUCGCCAUGGCGCAGCGCCCAAGACAUCCAAAACGAUACGAUCAACGAAUACCUGCCUACACGAAUCCGUAUCAUAGCCCAAGCAUGUGAGCUUACGGAUUCCUGUAAGCCUGCAGACUUCAUCAUGGACGAACCAAGUCGAUCAUUCACACGACCAUUUAAAUUUGUCAUUGUUGGGAUAGAAAAAUUGAAAAGACCUGGGAGCUCGCAUCGCUUGAUUCAUGGGCUGGUGGUAGCGCAAAUUGCUGGAAAGAGGGACGAUGAGUAUGAAAGGGUUGGGGUUGCAACCUUGGAGGAAUCGUCAGUACGCCGGAGUACACCCUCUGUGGCAAUUCAACUGGUUUAGUGGGAGUGCAAUUUAUCGUCGCGAGACCACAAAUUAACACUCAAAUCCUCGCAUACAGAUACAUGGAAGAUAGCUUGCGAUGCUCUUUGUGUAUCGUAAUAUCUGGAAGCAUGACAUCGGUUAC